AUGUCUUCAAACAGCUCAGCAGUGGACGAGCUGAUUCAAUACUUCAUAGACGUUACCGGUGUGGAAAGUAAUCGUGCGAAGUUCUGUUUGGACUCAGCCAACUGGGAUUUGGAGUUGGCUCUAUCCUCGUUUUACGAAGACCCUCCAGCUGGCUCCGCUGCCGGGGACUCUCCGAGUGCUGAACCUCCCCCCAUACCGCCUUUUCCGAAAGCCGAUCCGGUUGAAAAAGCAUCCGGCGAACCUUCCGCAAUGUCUCGAAUGUUCACAUUCCGCGAUCUGAACAAGAACGACGGGUCUGACAGUGAUGAAGAAGGUCAGCGAUUCUUCGCCGGAGGCUCUGAGCACAGUGGACAACAGGUUGUCGGUCCGCCCGGACGGAAGAAGAUCAACGCCGACGACUUGGUGCAGAGCGUUUUCGACCAGGCGAAGGCGCAUGGAGCCACCGCCGCCGAUGCCGAACCGGAAUCUCGAGCCGCGCCGGCUUUCUCUGGGACCGGCUUCCGGCUCGGCACCGAGGACACGCCGGAGAGUGCAUCCCGUGCGACAACGAGUCGCGUGUCCCCACUGAGAUCGAUGACGGUCAACCUCUGGAGCAAUGGGUUCUCAAUCGACGAUGGACCUCUCCGGCGAUACGAUACACCGGAAGGCCAAGAGUUCAUCGAUUCGAUCAAGAAAAGCGUAAUCCCAGCCGAACUGGUCAGCUUAGCCCAGGGCGGUGAGGUCAAUGUCGAUCUCAGAGAUCGCCAUCACGAAGAAUACGUGGCUCCAAAGAAAGUGGUCGUUGCGUUCGUAGGCGAAGGACAUCGCCUGGGUAAUAUCGAACCGCCAGUUGUGCCUUCAGGAUCACCUCCAGAGGAUCCGAAAGCCUGCGAGGAGCAGGCGUCCCAAGCGAUAAAAUUCGAUCCGAGCAAGCCAGCGACCAACGUCCAGAUCCGUCUGGCGGACGGCAGCCGUCUCAUCGCCAAGGUGAACCAUUCCAAUACCGUCAACGAUCUGAGGCAAUACAUCGUGACAGCGAGGCCUCAGUAUGCGGCGUCUACUUUUAUUCUAAUGACUACGUUCCCGAACCGGGAACUGGAAGAUGGGCAGAAAACCGUAGAAGAAGAGAAACUAAUGGGUGCUGUUGUUGUUCAAAAGCUUAAGUGAGAACGCUCCGUGCGAGUAGAUAGCGCCUGGAGUAUGAAUAAAGAAGAAUCUUAUCAACCUCCCCUGUGAAUCACGAGCGCCUCACUUGUGGAACAUGGAUUUGUUCAUAGUUGAGCCGAUAUUUUUAAUUGGAGGUAGGUAAUCAAAACCUCAAAGCCUCGAGAGGUGUAGACUUCUAACUUGGCCCGCAAUAGUCGAAUAAUUAUCCGGUUCCGUGGUUCGGCUCUUGUAUGCGAUAUCACCCGAAUCACGAUCAACUAUACGUGCAGAACUUACAGAAAAUUCUCGUGACCUUGAUCGUCCUGAUAUGGUGUCUCCAUUCCUAUAGUCGCUCUCGAAUGACUGACUGAUUCCAUGCUUUCCGAAAAUCCGCUCACAUGGGCUGAGUUUUCGAGCACGCUGCGCGCUUCCGAGCUAAGUAGGCCGCUAACUGAGAAGGGUGGAUCCCUCCCUUUGCAAAGUG